AUGAUAGCUCAGAUGAGCAAGUUACAGGCAACCAUAGAGUCUCAGCAAGCUGCCCUUAGCUCUCAACAAGUACUGAUAGAGAGCUUCACGGCUCAACAACAAGGAGGUGGUAAUCAGUUUUCUAAUCAAGCCUCAUCUUCGAAUGGUAGACUGCCAGCAAGCACGGAAAAUCCAAGGAAGCAGGUGAAUGCAGUGACCACGAGAAGUGGAUUAGCUUUGAAGGAUCUUCCUUUUCCUUCAGAUGAUCCAGUGCCUGAGAAAACUGAUAAGAAGGAUGAGGGCAUUCAGGUUGAGGAUGUUCCUGAUGAGAGUGAAGAGGAGCCUGUGUUACAGAGAGACAGUGCUAAGGGGAAAGCCCCUAUGCAAGAUGAGAGUGAUCCGAGCAAGAAGCCUGAGAAGAAAGAUAAGCAGAUUGGUGACUCAGUUGUUCCUUGCAAUCUCUUGCCAUUCCCACAGAGAUUGUGGAGAUCCAAGGAAACUGAGAGAGAAAAUAAGUUCAAGAUGAUGCUGGACAAGUUGGAGAUAUCUAUGCCCUUUGUUGAUGCAGUAACUCAGAUUCCUUCAUACAAGAAAUUCUUGAAGGAUAUUCUGACUCUUCAACAAAAGUUGCCUCCCAAGCUGAAAGAUCCAUGUAGUUUUACCAUCCCCUGCAUUAUUGGGGGAUUUGUAGUGGGCAGUGCCUUAUGUGAUCUGGGUGCCAGUGUUAGCCUGAUGCCAUAUUUCCUUUGUAAGAGGCUUAACCUGGGCAGCCCAAAGCCUACCACCAUGACUCUCCAGAUGGCUGAUAGAUCCAUUAAGCGCUUAGUGGGAGUUCUUGAAGACAUCCCGGUGAUGGAUGAUCAGCAUUUCAUAUCGGGAGACUUCGUGAUUCUGGAUAUGGAAGAGGAUACCAAGGUUCCCAUUAUCCUUGGUAGGCCUUUUCUAGCUACUGCUGGGGCUCUCAUAGAUGUAAAGAGGGGAAAACUUGUGAUGGAGGUGGCUGGCCAAAAAAUUGAAUUUGAUAUCUUUAAGAUGGCCAAACACCAACCCUCUUACAUCGAUGAGUGUCAUGUGAUUGAGGUGCUGGAGCAGUGCAGUGCAGAGGUGGAGGAAGAGGAGGAUGAGGACUCCUCUGAACCAGUUGCUGAGGAGUUGGUGGAUUCACUAGAAAUAGUGGUUUCUCUUGCUCCAUUUGAAGAGGAGCAGGCCCCGAAGGUAGAAUUGAAACCUUUGCCUUCCAGUUUGAGGUAUGCAUUUCUUGGCUCUAAUUCUACUUAUCCUGUGAUCAUCAGUUCCUCUCUGAAGGAGGAACAAGUUGAGGAACUGUUGACUGUGCUCAGGAAGCACAGGAAGGCUAUUGGGUAUUCGAUUGGGGAUUUAAUUGGCAUUGAUCCUAAGUAUUAA